UUCGUGUGCUUGGGGACGUCCAAAGGCCUCCCCGAAACAGCGAAUAAUCAUUUUAGGUCUCCUCGCCUGGUGCUUGCCAACACUGAUAACGCGACGUGAGGGCCAUCGAUCAUACGUCAGAGUCUUGAGUCCUGCAAACGUCACCAGAUCACAUAACGCAGUCGACGGACGGUUGCUGUAGUCUACACCGUAAGAGCGGCAGCCGUCCGCAACCGCGCGGGGCUGGUACCAUGAGAUUGCCGCAAAUAGCGGGCGUCUUUCUUGUGUCUAUAGUCGGAGGUGAAGGGUUCUUCAGCCCAUGUGCUGGCCGGCACGUGUGUGCCGGCCGCCGCUCCGCGCCGAUUCACGUACAUCAUCACCCUUCUACAAUAUACCGGCGGUGGGAUAGUCGUACCUAUUGCAGCGUGGCACUACUUCGGGGUGGGGGGGGACGCAGCUGGAAGGCCAGGCGACAGUCUUCAUCUCUCGGGCUAAAGAACGCAGCCGCGAAUGACGAGGAGGCUGGGUUGGGCGACGAAGCAAGCCUCAUUCCAUUCUCUAAGCCGACGCUACAGAACAACAAGGUGGUGUCGGAGGAUGCGACAGCUUACAAGCCAACUUUCCCCCGAUACCGCAGGCUGGCGACGACGUUUUUCUUCAAGGACGAGUUGCACCUGGCCCCGGCAGAGGUAGCUGCGCUCUCCGGCUUGUUCACCCUCCCUUGGGUGUUCAAGCCACUCUAUGGGUUCCUGAGUGAUGGACUGCCAGUCUUCGGGUACCGCAGGAGGUCGUACAUGGUUCUUGCGGGGCUCCUGGGGGCAUCGGGUUGGUUUUAUCUGGCCAACUUUGCGGAAACACCGUUUCAAGCUACGGCAGCCAGUAUCGUAGCGAGCUUGGGAGUGGCAGUAUCCGACGUCGUAGCCGACAGCAUCGUGGUCGAAAAGGCGAGAGAUUCAGACUCUCAGGCUGUUGCCGGGGGGCUCCAGUCCUUGUGUUGGGGCAGCGCUGCUGUGGGGGGGAUCACCAGCGCGUAUUUCUCGGGAUCUCUGCUGGAGACGAUGACGACAAGAGAAGUCUUCUCUCUGACGACCUACCUGCCGCUGUUGAUCACGGUUUGCGCCAUGUUCAUCGACGAGAAGCGGCUGACAGAGAACAUGAGCAGUCCGAAACAGAUUGUGUCGGAGCAAGCAUCCGCGCUGUGGUCGGCCAUCAAGAACAAAUCUGUUUGGCUGCCGGCGCUUUUCAUCUUCCUCUGGCGCGCAACGCCGUCCUCCGACUCGGCAUACUUCUUCUUCCUUACGAACGACAUCGGUGUCGGGCCAGAGUUCCUUGGACGGGUUCGAUUGGGAUCGAGCAUCGCAAGCCUGGUAGGGGUGUGGAUUUUCCAGUCGUUUCUCAAGGAGACCAAGAUAAGCAAGGUGCUUUUCUGGACUGCUGUGGCGGCUGUGCCAUUAGGGUUCACUCAGUUGCUGCUCGUGUACCACAUCAACCGGGACCUUGGGAUCCCGGAUGAGCUGUUCACGUUUGGAGAUGACGUCGUGCUGACGGUCCUCGGGCAGAUCGCGUUCAUGCCAACCCUGGUGCUUUCGGCGAGAUUGUGUCCCCCAGGAGUGGAGGGAACUUUGUUUGCGUUGCUCAUGUCGAUCUUUAACGGGGGGGCUAUCGUCGGCAGCGAGUUGGGGGCCUACCUGACCCGGGUGAUGGGGGUCACCGAAGCUGACUUCCGCAACCUUGGCAUGUUGAUUGCGAUAUGCAACGUUAGCAGCUUGCUGCCGCUGCCGUUUUUGAAGUGGAUCGAUUCUGUGGAGGGCGAUGAGAAUUCUACUGACGAAGCAGCUAAUACCCCCGGAAAGAGAAAGUGAUAUGUGGUCGUGGGAAUGGUUUUGCUCAUGACAUGGCUUGCAGUUUACUGUUGUUGUUUGUUGGCAACGCCGAGACUUGUACGGUGUGCUAUGCUCCAACCACGGUCCUUUAUUGAUGCAGCGGUGGCUCUUGUAGCGUGGGAUGUGUGCCUUACUAGUCGAAAACCUUGAAGCGAUGGAGAGUAAAGUUAGUGCUAUUUAGUUCUACAGAUAAUUAUUGAU